AUGGGAGGUCAUCCACCCGCUCUCUGUCAUCAAUCUCUCACAGAACACCGAGAAAAUGGGAACGAUGAAGGGAGUUACGACCUCGAACUAGGCGAGAGGCAAAUCCCUUUGCGGGAUAAGCCGUUUAUUUGUGAGCACGCCAACUGCAAUAAAAGAUUCGCCAACAAAUUCCUCCUGAAGAAGCAUCAGUUUAUACACACAGGCCUUCGACCGCAUACUUGUCCUUAUUGCAGUAAACGAUUCAAUCGGAAGGACAACUUGCUUCGGCAUAAAAAGACUCAUUUACAAACGAGCGUCGUCGAAGAUCGCAGGGGUCUUCCAGAAGCAUUCAAUGGGUUAUUUCCGGGAUUCGGAAGUACUCUGGGUCUCGAUUUGAAAAUGGAGGGCAUGGAUGCCAUCAAAAUAGAAGCGCUUGAUGCUUUUAGAGUUGAAAAUAAUGAUGACUAG